AUGCGAACCAUAUGCUUGCUUGCACUCUCUGCGAUAUUCUCGUCGAUCUCCGCUCAAGUCCCGGCUCCUGUGGGAAAGGCUCCGGCAACAGUUCUAGCACGACGAGUACUCCCGAACGGAGAUAUCGAGCUUCUGGUUCCCUUCGAAGAAACCUUUCUGCGGAACGGAGAACGCGUAGCUUACGUGACGUCAUAUACUUGUGUGAGAACCGUCAUUAACGCUGGACGAUCACGACAGUACAGAGAAAAAUGUAUACCCCGAGUAGUGAUCGCGGAGCCCGUCACACAAGCACCCACGACCCCAACGACGAAACCUCCGCCGACGACGACGGCGCCAACGACCACUACACGGUCUCCUUAUCCUUACCCCUAUCCGUACCCGUAUCCAUAUCCGACAACAGCUCGUCCGUAUCCGUACCCAUAUCCGUACCCUAACCCUCAACCGAAUCCAUAUCCUUACCCGGACCCGAAUGGUCAGAACUGGUACCUGGUGCUGAGGAGACUUGGCUAUCCCGACUAUAUCGUACCGUAUCCGAAUCCAGGGAAAAAACGCUGA